UUGCGUAUUUCCUAAGAUAUCUUUAAAAUAUUAUAAGAAUAUAUUAUACAUUAAAUUUUUUAGGCGCAUGUAAACUAUAUUUGAAAAUCAGUAAGAAAUACUAACGUAAAUUAAUAGUAGUCUAGUAUCAAAGGCACGCAAUUAGAAAACCUGCUUUUCAGAUGGACCAAAUGCGACGCUUAAAUGUUAAACUGAGCUAAACUUCAACCUCAGUCAAAUUGUAAUUAUUAUUAAUUGUUUUAAUUUUGUUUUUGCGAAAAAAUCGCGAUUUACAAAGCACCAUAGAUAGCUUAUGGAAGGUUUAGGUAUUAAGACACAGAUGUUUACAUAGACGUAAUAAUUUACAAUAUUUAGCAUACAUAUAUAUUUAAUGGGAAUUAGUAUUUAUUCUUUAAAAUUGUUUUCAAUGUAUUUGGCUACAAAUCCCCUUACUCAAAUGUUAUUGAAUAAUUUUUAAAACAAAAAUGGCUUACCUACCUAUGUCUAUUCACAACAACUCAAACUUUCAACCUUGAUAUAUGGUAUACUUAAAAAUUGUUUUCACAAAUUUUCUACCUAGCUUAGCCUUCACGAGCGAACAUUUACGGAAGAUGAACUCCUUUGUUUCAGAAAGCAUUAAAAAAUGCAAUUUACGUAGUAGUUUUCCAUGUAAAUACUUUCAAGGCUAUUAAGCAAAUUACUAAUUUCUAAGAUAUAUAUAUUUGUAUGUACUAUAUAUGUAUAAUAUAUAUAUAUUAUUAUGCUAGAUGUUUAUACUUUCAGUUACACUAUAUAACUUGAGUAGUGAAGUCUACAUUUUUAGCUGAAAUUUUAAUUAAUUAAGUGAAAAUUUACCAUAGUAGUGUUAGCAUCAUCAAUGAUAUCAAUAAAAUAAAAUAUACUACGAAACUAUAUCAACAUCCACUUGAAAAGAAGACUGAAGGAAGACCAGCAAGUUACCCUAAAAAGAGAACACAGGAGUCAUUCGGAAGAAAAAUCAGAAAGUAUUUAAACACUUAUUUUAAUAGAUUAAGAUUAAAUUAUUUAUUUUCUUUAGUAAGAUUUAAUUUUAAGAAAUUAUGCCUAGAUUAAAUAAAAGAUCUGUUGUACAAAGUCGACUUGAAAAUAGAAGACGUAUGCAGAUUCUUCGGGCUAACUCAUUAUAUAGAGUUAGUGAGCAAUCACAUAAUACUCAAAGCCAUGCUAAUCGCAGAUUAGAUCCAGAAGUCCGCCUGUCAGAACAAAGUAUCAAUACAGUUCAACAUAGGACAAGGCGACAAAAUCAAGAGUUUCGGUCUGCUGAGCAAAGUAUAAAUACUGUUCAGCAAAGGUCUCGGCGGGAAGAUCCCGGAAUAAGGUUAGCUGAACAAAUCAUAGAUACCAAUCAGCAUAGAACCCGGCGACAAAAUCCUCAAUUUCGCUCUGAAGAGCAAAGUAGGAAUACCCGAGAACAUAGGUCACGGCGGGAGAACCCCGACGUUAGGUCUGCUGAGCAAAGUAUAAAUACUGUUCAGCAUAGGUCUCGGCGGGAAAAUCCCGAAAUAAGGUCAGCUGAACAAAUCAUAGAUACCAUUCAGCAUAGAACCCGGCGACAAAAUCCUCAAUUUCGCUCUGAAGAGCAAAGUAGGAAUACCCGAGAACAUAGGUCUCGGCGGGAAAACCCAGAGCUUAGGUCUGCUGAGCAAAGUAUAAAUACUGUUCAGCAUAGGUCUCGGCGGGAAAACCCAGAGCUUAGGUCUGCUGAGCAAAGUAUAAAUACUGUUCAGCAUAGGUCUCGGCGGGAAAAUCCCGAAAUAAGGUCAGCUGAACAAGUCAUAGAUACCAUUCAGCAUAGAACCCGGCGACAAAAUCCUCAAUUUCGCUCUGAAGAGCAAAGUAGGAAUACCCGAGAACAUAGGUCCCGGCGGGAGAACCCAGAUCUUCGGUCUGCUGAGCAAAGUAGAAAUUCAAGGCAACAUAGAAUUAGACGCCAAAACCCUAUUAUUCGGUCAAAUGAGCAGUCUCAUAAUACCAUAGUACACCGAGAACUUAGAAGAAAUCCUAACUAUAGACAUUUAGAGCGCAUACGUGAUCAAACACAAAGAGAACGUUCGAGAAGAAAUCCUGAAACAAGGAGAGAGGAACGUUAUAGAGAAACGCAACGACGACAGCUUAUCAGGAGGGGUGCAAGGGAACAAAUUUUAAAUCAGAGACGUCAACAACAAAAUCAGGUCCGUAUUCAUAGAGAAAACUUGGCAUAUAGGCAAAUUCAAAACGAAAGGCAGUCCCAACGAAAUAUAUUAAACAGAGAAAAUAAUGUCUCUGAUAUUUUUGCAAAUGGUGGCAUUUCAAGAGAUUUUCGAAGCAUUUAUUUUGAAAAUAUAAAGAAAGGUCCCACCGAAAUAUGUAUUUGCUGUGGGGGAUUAUGGUUUCCACAUCAAGUACGCAAGUUAAAUUUCGGAACUAUAACUCAAGUUCACCCAGAUGCUUCAUCUGCUUUCUUUUUAAAGCAAAAGUUUCCUUCUGAAGAUGGAAACUACAACUUUUGCUUAACUUGCAAAAAUGGGAUUACCAAAAAUAACAUACCAAAAAUAUGUUUGUUAAAUGGUCUAGACUUUCCGGAUAUACCAGAUUGUUUAAAAAAUUUAACCCCUAUUGAAGAAAGGCUAAUAAUGCCUCGAUUGCCUUUUAUGACCAUUCGUCCUUUGGGAUAUCAAGGCCAAAGUUCGAUUAAAGGUGCCGUUGUCAAUAUACCUAUUUCUGUUAAUAAUGUUGUGACAUCUCUACCGAGGACUUUUGAUCAAACUCAUGUGAUACAAAUUCACUUAAGAAGACGUAUGGAAUACAAUCAUGAUUAUAUGACUGAUACCAUACGGCCUGCGAAGGUUAUGGAAGCUUUGCGAUUCUUAGUGAAUACUCCUCUGUAUCGUGAGCAUAAUAUACACAUAAAUGAGAAUUGGAUUUCAGGCUUUAAUAACCAAGAAGAAGUUCCCUUUGUUGCAUCUGCUGAAGAUGAUAGAUUGGUUCAAUCUCUUUAUGAGGAACAGACUUCCCAUAAUAAUCACUCAGACAUUCCCAUAGCACCUGUACCUGCAGAACUAAACCCAGGUGGUCAAGAGACUCUUUUAGACAAUAUUCCUGUAGAAAACAUGGAAUAUAACCGUUUAGUUAUAGCGCCAGGGGAAGGUCAAAGGCCAAUUGACAUGGUUCAAGAUAAUAAUUCGGAAGAAUUGUCAUUUGGAACAAUAUACGUUGGGCAGAAACGUACAUGCUCUGAAACAUAUAGUAAGAUAGUACGUUCCGAAAUUCGCCGCUUUGACCGCAGAGCGUGUACCAUUCCAAAGUUGUUCUACGACUAUAAAAAAUUAGAAUUACUGCAAAUUAAGAAUAGUACAUCCAUUUGCCUUCGAAAGUUUUCUGGUCCUAACCGUGUUACGGCGCAAAAUGUAUUAAAUGAAAACUUUGUUCAAAACUUGAUUCAACAUGAUGACGGUUACAAAGUUUUGAAAGGUGUUAGAUCCUCUCCUGCUCACUGGGAAGCUGAGAAAAAAAAAGCAAUUGCAAUGAUUCGCCAAUUUGGGCUUCCAACCUUUUUCAUAACUCUAUCGUCUGCUGAAUCUCAGUGGGUUGAGCUGUUGGUUAUUCUGUCGAAAACUGUUGAUUCAAAAGAUAUUUCACAAGAAGAAGCCAACAUUUUAUCAACCCAAGAUAGAUAUCGCUUAAUCCGCUCAGAUGCGGUUACUUGUGCUAGAUAUUUUGAUUACCGUUACCGGCAAAUCCUUAAACUUUUUAAAGAUAAUACCGGCAUUUUUGGAACACAUUUUGUAAAAAACUAUUACUGGAGAGUAGAGUUUCAACAGAGAGGUUCUCCGCAUAUACAUGGCAUGUAUUGGCUUAAUAAUGCUCCCAAGAUCAACCUUCAAAAUCCUGAGACAUUCUCCGAAGUCAUUGAUUUCAUUGACACUUAUGUUUCAACAGAUGGUUCAGUAAGCCACUUGGAACAUUAUUUAGAUUAUCAAAAGCAUAAUCACAGUCGGUCGUGUACUAGAGAAAUAAGAGGACAACAAUUUUGUCGUUUUGGUAUACCAUAUCCACCAAUGCCUUGCACACAAAUAUUGCUUCCUUUUCCAGACACAACCCAAGAUUUGGAAAGGCAUAAGGAAAACUUUUCUAGAAUUCAAAAUGUUUUAAAUUCAACUCUGACUACAGAAGAUAUAUCGAAUUUAGAUAAUUUUGAAUAUUUCUUGAGCGAUAAUAGAAUAAACAUGUCUUUUGAUGACUAUUUGCUAGCUCUGAGAUCAAGCUUAUCGAAACCUAAAAUUUUUCUGAAAAGAAAAAUUAAAGAUCGAUUUAUAAAUGCUUAUAACCCUCUUAUUUUGGAACUCCAUAGGGCUAAUAUAGAUAUCCAAUAUAUACUGGAUGCAUAUGCUUGCUGUUCCUAUAUAAUUAAUUAUAUUAACAAAUCGAACAGAGGAAUUUCUAGGCUCUUAAAUGAAGCUAUAUCAGAAGUAAAUGCCGGAAAUUAUACAAUAAAGCAAAAACUUCAACAUAUAGGUCAUAAAUUUAUAUCAGGCACGGAAAUAUCUGCACAAGAAGCUGUUUAUUGCUGCAUUGGGCUUCAUCUUUCGGAAGCUAGUAAUGGAGAAAUAUUUAUAAAUACCUCACGACCGGAGGAACGUGUUCGAAUGGUAAAACCUAGGGCGGAACUUCAGAACCUUCCUUCAGACUCUACUGAAAUAUUUGUAGCUGGUAUUUUAGACCGUUAUGUGCAGCGGCCCGAUCAGUUAGAAACUGUUUGCUUAGCAGAUUUUGCAUCUAUGUUUAAAUUUGUGAAAUCCAAUAGAAUAGUGCAAGACAGUGAUCAUGAAGAAGAAGAGAGGGAAGAUAAUAACGUACCAGAUAUUGGGGUACCCAUUGCACUAAGAGACGGUAGCGGUUUUGUUAAAAAACGUACCAAACCAAUUAUUAUUCGGUACAGAAGGUUUAGUCCUGAUGUGACCAAAGAUGAGUAUUUCCGCGAAAUGGUAAUGCUUUUCUAUCCAUGGCGGAAUGAACAGCAAGAUCUUAUUGAAAAUGAUAAUGAGCUAACUUGUAUAACUCACCGUAUUUUAAUUGAGGGAAAUCGAAAAAAAUAUGAUGUUUUUGAUCAAAGAGAACUGGAAAAUGUCUUAGAAAGUCUUUAUAAUGAGACAGACCUAGAAGAAGCUGUGCAAAAUGAACUACCUGUUGUGGAAAAUGAGUUUCGGGUGUUAGCACUUCCAGAAAUAAGCCCUAAUAUUAAUUUGCUGGAUUUGCAUGGCGAACAUACAACAGAUAAUGGUACUGAAUCUGAUUGCAAUAUUAGGCUUAUUAAACUACCCCCUUUAAUUUCGGUUGAGGAACUAUUUUCUCUAGUUCAAGGUUUAAAUAUUAAGCAAAGAACAUACUUGACUCAUUUGAUGCAUCAGAUUAAAACAAAUCGACCAUUUUAUGAAUUCAUUGGGGGCGGAGCAGGUGUUGGAAAAAGUCGUUUGAUAUCUGCAAUAUAUCAAGCUCUUAACCAUCGCUUCAAUUCUACACCUGGAUCCAACCCAAGUUCUUUAAAAGUUCUCCUUUGUGCACCUACGGGUAAAGCAGCAUUCGGGAUAGGUGGACUGACACUUCACUCAAUAUUUUCUCUUCCUGUAAAUCAGCUGAAUAGAGAGUUGAGGCCCCUAAGCAGUGACAUAGUUAACUCUUUGUAUUCCAAACUUGCUGACUUAAAACUAAUCAUAAUUGAUGAAAUAUCAAUGGUGGGCGCUCGAAUGUUUAGCUAUGUUGAUGCUAGGCUUAAACAAAUUUUUAAAACAAACAACCCAUUCGGUGGCAUACCGAUUAUAGUGUUUGGAGAUUUGAAGCAACUCUCACCUGUUGGAGAUAGGUGGAUAUUUUCUUCUAACCCUAAUGAUGCUUACAGCACUUUAGUUGGUUCUCCUUUGUGGGACUUGUUCAAAUAUUUUGAAUUAACAGAAAUAAUGAGACAAAGGGACGAUCAAGCUUUUGCUAUUGCGUUAAACCAUAUGGCAUCUGGCACUAUGACAAAUGAUGAUAUAUCAUUAAUUCAAACUCGGGUAGUUAAUUCUGAAGAAGUCCCCGAUGAUGCGAUCCAUUUAUUUUGGUCAAACGAAGAGACAAAUAAUUUCAAUGCCCUUAAGCUCAGUCGAAUUACAACUGAAGCUAUUUCUUCAACUGCCAAAGACUCUGUAAGAGGAAUGGGUAUAGGUGAUCAACAAGAGAAUAUUUUGGAAAGAGUUCAACUUUUCAAAACUUCUGAAACACAGGGACUUCCUUAUGAGUUGACACUAAAAACCACUGCAAAAUACAUGAUUACAGUGAAUAUAAACACAUGUGAUGGUUUAGUUAAUGGGGCAACUGGAGAACUAAUGCAAAUUGAUUAUCCAGUAAUUCUUUGGAUUAAAUUCUUUGAACCUUCUGUUGGUUUGAUAGCACGAUCCAAAAAGCCUCAUCCUCUAGAAAGUUCUUGGACCCCAAUUGAAAAAGUUGUUAGAUCUUUUCAAUAUAAAAGAAAUGAGCAAAUUACAAUUGAAAGAAAUCAGUUUCCAGUUGUUCCAGCUGAGGGAAUAACUAUUCACAAAAGUCAGGGUGCUACAUAUAAUAAAGUUGUCGUUCAUACUCGACCCAGAAUGCCUAGAGCUUCGAUAUAUGUCGCUUGCAGUCGAGCUACUACGGCAGUAGGUCUUUUUAUUGUCGGAAAUUUUAUUCCUCCUAAUAAAUUUUCCGAAUCGGAUCCAGUAUUUAGGGAAAUGAUGGAAUUGAGCACAUCUAAAGCCCUGAUUACAAGUUUCAAUUUUAUGAUUUCUCGAUCAUCAGCACUUCAGAUUUUAUUUCAUAAUGUUCAGAGUCUCCACGCUCACAUUAACGAUAUAAAAGGCGACUGUCUGCUGCUAUCUUCAGAUAUUUUAUGCUUCGUAGAAACCUGGAGCAUUCCUGAUGAACAUUUUGAGAUACCAGGAUUUACUCUUAUAAACGAGCUGAGGAUAGAUAGCACUGAGACAAGCAACCGAAAUAAGCGGGGCCUUAUAAUUUAUGCAAAACAUAGUGUUGCCAGCUCUAUAGAACCGAAGAUUAUAAAGAAAAUUUAUUCAGGCCGCAAAGUUUUAGAAGCAGUUUUGUUUAAAUGUUUCAACAACAAUAUUCUGGUUCUUUACAGAAACUCAGCUUUUCCCCUCAGGCUUUUAAUUGCAGAACUUCAAGAAAUUCUUACUACAGAGUUGUGCAAUCAAAAUGUCUUAAUUGUUGGAGAUUUUAACAUUUGUUUGAAGUCUACAGGGUCUACAAUAAAAAAUCUUCUUCAAGAUAAAAACUUUAGUUCCCUGCUUAGUGUAGAAUAUUCAACUACACCUGUGGGGACGCAAAUUGACUGGGCAUUUUCAAACAUGGAUCAUUCUCAUGUUGAUGCUAUCACUUAUGAGACAGUGCAUAGCUAUCAUGAUGGUAUUUGUGUCUCUAUUUCGGACUAAGGCUAUGUACAAUAGUAUCUUUUUCACACAUAAGGGCAUUAGAAUAGGUUAAAAAUAUGACAUUAUGAAUUAAUAAAUAAAUAUUUAAACUAAGAAAUUUUAAAUCAUUUGUGUAAUUUGUUAAUAUUUAAGAAUUUGUAUAAAUAUAAGGUAGAAUUAAAAUAAUUUAAUAAAUCUUUCAAAAUUGUAAUAUUAUAUAAUAAAAUAUACAUUAUUAUAUAUUAAGAGAAAUGCAGUUUUUUGAAAAAA